AUGGUAGUGUUUGUGGUCUUGCUUUUAAUGCUGCUGCCUCCCGUAGUGUGCAUAGUUCCUAUUGGUAAAUGCCGCCUCAGUGACCCUCUUCCUUUUCUUCACAAGUAUUAUCAGGCAGGAGAUUUAAUCAUUGCUGGCAUUAUUUCACAGAUCCAAACAUUUUCAGCUACAAUAGCCUUUGAGAAAUAUCCAUCUCUGGAGCUCCUUGAUGAGUGCAUUCAUUUCAGUGAAACUUGGACUUAUCUUGCUUCAGUGGAACUUCUCUUCAAACGGGGCAGAUCAAACCCUAAAUACAACAGAUUCAUCCCUAACUACAAGUGUGACUUGGAAAACAUUCCAGUAGCAGUGAUUGGGGGACCUAACUCUUAUGUCUCUCUCCAUAUGGCUGCCAUCCUGUCUACCUACAAGAUGCCACAGUUCAAUUAUGGUUCUGCAUUGGUGAUGAAUAGCAAAACAGAAGGGAUUUUGUUCCACCAGAUGUUUCCCAAAGAGGCCCUUCAGUAUAUGGGGAUUCUGCACUUACUGUUGCAUUUUGCAUGGACAUGGGUUGGGUUGCUCUUUAAGAGUGAAGAUAAUACAGAAAGAUUUAUAGAGAAUAUGGUCACCAUGUUUUCCCAGCAUGGUAUUUGCUUUGACUUCAUUGAGAGAACCCCAAAACAAACCUUUUCUGGACAGGUCAAUGACAUUGUGAGAGAGGGGAUAAAAACAACUCAUGUUGUCAUGGGAAGUACUGCCAAUGCUGUGCUUGUUCAUGGUGAAAUCCAGACAAUGUUGACUUUGAGCAUGAUGUGCAAUUAUCCAAAGUUUGAGGGUCUACCAGUGAAAACCACAGCUAAAGUCUGGAUUAUGUCGGCCCAAAUUGCUUUCUCGUCUUUUCCCUUUCAAAGAGAUUGGGACAUUGAUUUCCUCCAUGGGACCAUAUCACUUGCCGUGCACUCAGAGCAGCUGUUAGGAUUCAAACAAUUUCUAGAGAGGAGAAACCCUACUUCAGUAAAAGAGGAUGGCUUUAUCUGGAAAUUCUGGGAACAGGCAUUCAGCUGCAACUUCCCCAACUCUGAGGCAGAGAACAAGAUUGAGGGAAUCUGCACUGGAGAGGAGAAGAUGGAGACUCUUCCUGGGACUGUCUUUGAAAUGCACAUGAGUGGCCUCAGCUACAGCAUCUACAAUGCAGUCUAUGCUGUGGCACAUGCAUUGCAUGCCAUGCAUUCCUCUGCACCCAAACACACAGCAAUGCUAAAUGGAGAGAGGCCCAAGCUUCUGAAUCAACAACCCUGGCAGCUCCAUCCAUUUCUAAGGAGUGUCUCAUUUAACAACAGUGCUGGGGAGAAAGUGACCUUUAAUGAAAAAGGGGAACUGGUAGGUGGAUUUGAUAUUAUCAACUGGCUCACGUUCCCAAACAAAUCCUUUCUGAGAGUCCAGGUUGGAAAGGUAGACCCACUGGUUCCACCAGAGAACAAGUUUGUUCUUCAUGAAGAUGCCAUUGUGUGGCCCAGCUUUUAUAACCAGGCAGUUCCCCUGUCUGUGUGCAAUAACAACUGCCAUCCUGGUUAUAGUAAGGUCAAGAAGGAAGGGAAGGUGUUUUGCUGCUAUGAUUGCCUUUCAUGUCCAGAAGGGAAGAUUUCAAACCAGAGGGACAUGGAUGACUGUUUUCAGUGUUCAGAUGAUCAUUAUCCAAAUAAAGACCAAGAUGGGUGCCUUCCAAAAGUUAUCACCUUCUUGUCCUAUGAAGAACCUCUGGGAACCAGUUUGGCCACUUCUGCUCUUUCCUUUACUUUCAUCACAGCUUCAGUAUUAGGGAUCUUCAUUAAGCACCAGGACACUCCCAUUGUCAAAGCCAACAACCGGAACCUCACCUACAUGCUCCUCAUCUCCCUCCUGCUCUGCUUCCUUUGUCCCUUGCUCUUCAUAGGCCAACCUGAGAAGCUAUCAUGCCUCUUUCGACAAACUGCAUUCGGCAUCAUCUUCUCCAUGGCAGUUUCUUGCAUUCUGGCCAAAACCAUCAUUGUGGUUCUAGCCUUCAUGGCCACUAAACCAGAGUCCAGGAUGAGGAAAUGGGUGGGGAAAAGACUGGAAAUCUUCAUUGUUCUUUCCUGUUGCCUCAUUCAGACACUGAUAUGUACUGCAUGGCUGACAAUUUCUCCCCCUUUCCCAGAUGUUGACAUGCAUUCAAUGAAUGAAGCAAUUGUCCUGGAAUGUAAUGAAGGUUCAACCAUCAUGUUUUACUUUGUUCUGGGAUACAUGGGUUUACUGGCCAUUGUCAGCUUUACUGUGGCUUUUCUAGCUAGGAAGCUACCUGACAGUUUUAACGAGGCCAAAUUUAUUACCUUCAGCAUGUUGAUUUUCUGUAGUGUUUGGUUGUCAUUUAUCCCAACCUACCUGAGUACCAAAGGAAAAUACAUGGUGGCUGUUGAGAUCUUCUCCAUCUUAGCCUCUGGUAUUGGGUUACUGGGUUGCAUCUUUUCCCCCAAAUGCUACAUUAUUGUGGUGAGGCCUGAUUUGAACAAAAAGGCGAAGUUAAUGAGAAAGAAAAGUUCUUCUCGCUCUCACACCACACUAGGUGGCAUCCCUUCUCCUUGA